UGGACAACGUUUACUCCACGGAUUACAAACUAUUCAUUGUCCUGACCUGCAGGAUUUGUUUGGAGGACAAGUCUAUCAAACCUCUCUCAUGCUGCAAGAAGGCAGUGUGUGAGGAAUGCUUAAAAGAUACCUGAGCUCACAGGUACAACUUGGUCAGGUCUCUGUUAAGUGCCCAAUUACAGAAUGCAAUGAGAACCUUGAAGAAAGCACUGUUGUGGCCCACUUGCCCAAUGACGAAGCGCUAAAGUACAGGUACUUCCUAGAGCUCAGCAGGGUGGACUCAAGCACUAAACCUUGUCCUCAGUGCAAGCACUUCACCACCUUUAAAUCCAGAAACACUAUUUAUACUCCUAGCAAGUCAGAAAGCAAGUUUAAGAUCCAGUGUCCAGCCUGCCAGUUCGUGUGGUGCUUUAAAUGCCACUCUCCUUGGCAUGAAGGUCUCAAUUGUAGAGAAUAUAAGAAAGGUGACAAACUGCUACGUCACUGGGCAAGUGAGAUUGAAUAUGGACAGAGGAAUGCACAGAAAUGCCCUAGGUGCAAGAUUCACAUACAGAGAACGGAAGGCUGUGAUCACAUGACCUGUUCACAAUGCAACACUAAUUUCUGUUACCGCUGUGGGGAGAGAUACCGUCAGCUGCGUUUCUUCGGCGACCACACCUCAAACCUUAGUAUUUUUGGUUGUAAAUUCCGCUACCUCCCAGAGAGACCACAUCUGCGAAGAUUACUUCGUGGCUCUGUCUGUGCUGGAAAAAUCCUUGUGGCUCCUGUUGUAAUAGUGCUAGUGUUUGUGUUGGGAGCUCUAGCUCUUGGAAUAGGUCUGAUCAUCUUUCCAUUCUAUUACCUUUGUAAAAGGCAGAGGAAGCGGUCUCAGGGCAGUGGAAGAUGGUUCUGCUGAUGGACAUAAUGGCCUUAAAAGGACACAAUGAAUGUUGUACUCUAGGAAGCAAACAUCCUCCAAAAAUGUUUUUGCAAUCAGCUCAUGCCAAUGAUACUAUCAUCUUUUCCUUAUUAUUGGUUCAGUUUUAUGUACCAUAUAAUAAUCAGGUUUUUGUUACAAAUGUUUUUAUUUAAUUGCAUCCCCUAUAUGUAGCUGAGCAUCAUGUAUACUUCACAUUUCUUUUGUUGUUUACCAUAGAAACCUGUAGUUGAAAUCUACUGUUUCAACACCCCAUACACUUCUAUGUGUCAGAAGAGAUAACAUUAACACAAUUUAACAGGGACGUUUUUUAAGUAUUUAAGGGUGCACCAAAUUUUUAUCAGACCUUUAUAAUUGCCAAUGUUUUUUUCAGUGAUGGAAUUAUGAGUCUUUUCACUUGUUAAACUAUAUAUCAUUAAACAAGGGUGCAUUCAACCCAAAUGCACAUGCAGCACAUAGUACAGAGCGUUGCGUGCACAUGUAGCCUUACAUAAACUUCCCUUAUACGUUUUUUGUCUUCCUUUUUAUUAAAGUUUUAUUUUCAUAUUGCCAAAAAGUGCUGGUUGUGAGCAUCUAUUGCCAGCUAAAAAACAUGCGCUGAAAGUAAUCCCUUUCUGCUUUCAUUACUUGUUUAAGUACAAUAGUAAUUGCUGUAGAUAUCUCUUGUCAUAUUUUAACUGUCCUUCAGUAAAUUAUUUAGUUGCUACCUGUUGUCUGAUAUUUAUGUGUCAUUUCAAAAUGUAGCGAAAUGCAAAAUAAACGACGUAACCAUACUGAAGUCUGCUGCUGACUUCUCAGUUUUGCCAUUUUUUAAUGGCAAUCGUCAAAGUAAUAAUAUACUUAAAAUACCUGGAGGGAAAAAAUCCUGUUCUGUGAUUUCCAAAGAGAUGGCUUCAUAUCAAGCUUGCAUGAUAAAUUAAGAAAAAUAUAGUUUUAUCGUUAUCUUGGUAGAUACGAAAGCUUUCUCAUAGACACAGACUUGUGUGUUUAUUGACAAAGCCAGUAAAACAACAGAAUGUUUGUUAGUUUAACCCAUCUUCUCAUUUGAGCCCUUGAUUUUUAUCAGGUAAAAUACUGCUGAAUUUAUUAACCUGCAAUAAACUCCUAUAUAAAAAAUAAGCUACCUUUCCCAGUCCAUUAAGGAAUCUAGAGUGUUUUACUGUAAGUUAAGAGGAUUUCAUUGAACUGUUGUAGGAGUUAAGGCAAACAUUUGUCCUCCAUACUGAUAUUGUUAUUUAAUGAGAAUUUUCUAACAGAAGGUUUAAGACUGAUUAACAGUUCACUUUAAUGCACUUUUCCUAAGUUAGUGACAUUCUUUUCUUCAGUUUGUUUUGUGAAAUGUUAGUCUUUAAACCAAACAUGUUUAUGUAAAUGUGGGAGGCAGCACACACAAUUUAAACAACAUGAAUUGACUUGCUGGGCAGAAGAUGAUAAUGAUAAUCGAUACAGUGAGCAUUUACAUGUGACUUGCCACUUGAUAGUACAAUAAACCUGAAUCUGAUACAUGCAAAAGAAACUCCUUUUCGGGCAUUUUUCUAAUUCCAGAACUAAAUUUUCAGGUACACUGUUUCCUCCAAGUAGUUUUUAGUUUGCCAAUGCCAAAAAUGGAAGUCAUUCCAAUGGUGACUUGCAAGCCUUAUUUCUACCAUAUUUUUCUUUAAGGAUUCCAAUACAUUUACUUUACUUUAUAUAAAAAAAAAAAAAAAAAAAAAUUGAAAAGGUCCAACAGAUGAAAAGCUGUGUGUCUUUUUCAAUAUGUUCCCUCUAUAAGAAAUAACAGUUGCACAGUAUAUGUUGACUGUCUUGCUUGAAAGCAGGCAAGCAGGUGAUAAUGAAUACAAAAAACAGAGUGCAGGAGUAGUUUAGUGGGCCAAAGUGAGUUUGUCAACGUGAUCUGUUUCUAUCAGGUAAUCCCCCACGCUUGGUAAUGUAGGGGGCUGUGCUUCAUGACAAAGGUGCUGAAUGUUCUGUGGCAUAUAAACAAGUGUAAUACAGCGUUUCCAAGGGAAGCAUUAUUCUUCAGAGAGCUAUAAUUGGUCUGCCAGAGUACUCUACACAUUCUUCAUACAUUGGAAAAAGGUACCCUGAUGUCACAAAGUCAUUCCCAGCAGAUGACAUCUUAUGUGUCCUGCUGGAAAACAGCAUAUACACUACUUUUUUAGUUACAUAUUGUCAACAAACAUCGUGUUCCAUUUUAUACUGGACUUUUUCAGACAUGCUGCAUAUGAUUUAAAAUCUGCUUUGUUUUUUUUUUUGUUUUUUUUUUUUUCCAUUAUGUCAAACAAAAAAUUCACAAAAAAGAUAAAAGCAGAAAGGUAUACUGAUGUUUUUUUAAAAAAAAUUAUAAUAAUCUUGCCACUUUGUCAAUGCUAAAAAAAACUAUAACAUCUAUUUCAUCGAAUACUGGCAUGGAUAUGUUUUUAUGACAUUCAUAAGGAUUUUUUUAACAUUUGCAUUUAUGUCAUCAUUAGCUCAUUCCUAAGCAGAACCCUACCUUUAAAAAUCCAUUUACUGUGUAAUAUGGCUAUUACAGGAAACGGAUAUCACUUCUCAUUAGUUUCCUAGACACUUUAUAGAGUUAGCAGUGAGAUUACAGUCCGCCAGUCUGGUUUUCUUCCUCGGUGAUUUAGUAAGCAAUGCGCUGUAGUACACUAAGGGGGGAAAAGCAAAACAAAAACAAUACCAAUAACACACUACUGUAAAAAAUCUUUGCUUUCAUGAGUGGAAUUAAACUUUGUAUAUUGCUAUUCAUAACCAAUGGGCAAACAUUUUUAGUUACAUGUUUACGUUACUUAACUAUGUAUAUGUUGUUAGAAUGAAUGUGGUUUAAUUUUAUUUAAUCAAAAUUUAUUCCGCUUUUUUACUACCAAAAUCAUAAACAAUAAAACAGAAACAAUAUUUUCAGAUUAAUUAAGAUGCUAAUGUACCAUAUAAUGUGUUGAAGUUCUUUACAGUUGCUAAAGAAGUGGUUUCCACUUUUUUUCUCCUUUAACUUUACUGACUGAAGUGUGUUUGUAAGCUGGAUUGACUGUGUGUACAAGUUUGGUUAGCUUCCCAGCCGAUUAUUUCUGUUCAUAUGGCUUUACAAAUUAACCAACAUCAGUCAGUUUAAACCUACCACUCCAAAUAAAGAAAAACAAAUCAUGAAACUGGGAUUUAAGUUAAUCCAAUGUUUUAAGGUUAUUUAUAUGAAGCAUUCAGUAUAUUAUAAAAUUUGCAUUAUCUAUUUUGGCAUAAAACUUUUAUUUUGUGUAGAAUUUACUUUGAUGCCUUCAGUAUAUGUUUUAUGAUAUUACGAUGUUGAAAUUAAUAUAAGCAUAUGUUUGAUUGUAUAAAGGGUAGCAUUGGGCCCAAGGAUAUAAUGUCCUGGUUUCAGAUGUCAUGUCCAGUUAUUGUAUGUAUGGAUUUUGCACAUUCUCCUCAAGUCUGCCUAGGUUUUUUCUCACAUUUGCAUAAAAACAUUCUUUUUGAGUGUGUGCAUUAAUGGGUCAUGCCAUGGACUGGCUCCCCGUGUUAGUUUCUUGUAUGGCACAGGGCUGCUGGGAUAUGGCAUGGCUUAACUGCUUCUGUAUUUUAAUAAAUACCAGUAGUCUGUUGUAGCAGUGCAUUUAUCUUUUGAACUUUGCUUCAAGAGCAAACAUCAACUACUCUUCAGCAGUGAAUGUAUUUUAAGAAAUUACACUACAAGAAAAUGCAUGGAGUGCCUAUUUGUUGCUUUUCUUUUGGGCUAAAUAAACAUAAUUGGGGCCUUUUCUGAAAAUGCAGUGAUAAUAUUCAGGUGGCCUGUUGAUGGAGCCCUUAUGUCAUCUGCACUUUCACAUCAUCAUACUGUGCAAGUAUGACCUUCUAAUGUUCUCACUAUUCUGGUUUAUUGUUCACAUACAGAUGACAUUUACAUCAAGGUAAAAAGUGAAACUAUAACAGCAGCAGUUAGAUAUACACUAUGUAUGCAUGUUCAUUUGCUGCUCCAUUUCUAAAUGUUACGGUAUUUGUGAUUUCAGAAUUCUGUCCAAUGUUGUUAAAGUUGUCCAUUUUGGUUCUUUAAUAAAUACUAGCUGUCCCUGCCAUCCUAAAUGGGAUAAAGCAGGUUUGAAAAUAUGUGUAUAUGUAUAAUGUUAGCUGUAGUGUUGAUUAGUUUACAAAGUAAACCAAACUUCAUUGCACUUUACUCUCCUUGGUAAGCCCUAAAAUGUCUGUAAAUUCCUAUCACUUUGAUAUCACAAGCAAUGAGAUUCCUGUUACAGUGCUUUAUACAUAAAAUGAGAAAAGCAAAUAGUGCUCUUUUUUAAAUUAGCCUUUGAGUAAAACAAGUGUCUGUUGUAGACUUCUGAAUCCAGAAUGACAAACACUUACCAAAAUUGUUACAUUUUAAUAGUGCUUUUCUAACAGACAAUAUUAGCUUCGGCAAUUCUGAGCAAAAUGAGUUUUGUCGCCUGUAAUUGUUACAUUGUGGGAUGCUGGCAUAAACCUGUGCAUCUUACAGCCCAGAUGGUUGGGGAUAAAUAGAUUAUUAUUAUGUUGCAUCAUGUCAUGUGUGGAUAUCUGCUGGAAUCCCUUUUUUUAAAUACUAAAUAUCCCUUUGUAUUUUAUACUAUGAUAGUACUACUUUUGAAUUGUUUUCUUUUGGGUGAUAUUUAUAACCAUUAUUUUUGUCUGUUUAUUUGUCAAUAUCUUCAUUAUCUAUGGUCAUGGAAAAAGCUAUUUAAAAAGUAAGAUCUUGUACAUGUACAACUUUUUGUGUUAUAAUACUUUUUAAAAUGUUUUUCACUAUGUUAGGCUCUCUUCUUCUUCUGUUAUUUUAUGCCAAAUAGUAGUCUUUGGGUAGCAGUGCAUGUUGCCAUCUUAAUAGUUGCCAGUGUGCUGGAGUGCCUUAUUUGACGGUAGCUAUUGCUUCCGUCAUUAUUAUUUUUUACUUAAUAGGGAUAUUGACCCCAAUAAUAUUACAUAUUUUCAUGAUUGCCUUUUUUUAUCAGAUCCAGAAGCCCAACACAAUUAUGUAAUUAGGAUGUAAUUAGAAUGAUGUCAUAUCAGGAACAUUUUAUUGAUGAAAGAUUUUUAUUUAUUUUUUACAUUCACGUGAAUUGUAAGCCAUUUGAGUGGUGCUAAAGCUAAACAGUUGUGCAUUGUCUUAGUUUAGGUACACGUAUUUGUUCUUUUUUUGAUAGCAUGUAGCACUUGCUUAAAAUGCUUAUUCAGUAGUUUAGAUGUAAUCUAUUUUAAGUGGCCUAAUACACCGUAACUUGUACUGUAUACACUGUACAAAAUAUUUGUACUUUAUAAAUACCACCAUAAGAACCUAUGAAUGCCAUGCAUGUGAAUGUUUAAGGUAUUUCUUUACAGUUAAGUUUGAAUAUCUGUUUGCACUAAAGAUACUUUUUCCUGCCAAUUCACUGUUCUGCUGGCCGGGACACAAAAUAUAUUGCUCUGUAUUUGUUUAGUGUCGUGAGUGUGUUUUUUCUUUAUGGUUAAAUGACACCCAUUCUGUGGUUCUGUAUGUGAAAUUUUACAGCUUGUUUUUGAAUUCAUAACCAAAGUAAAGCAUAAUAAAUAGCAAAAUCACUUGCAAUACAUAAUGCAACUUAUACUACAACAACAAUCAAACACAAAUGAUUUAAGGCAUCUAAAUGCAAAAUGGCUGCCAAUGAUUGGUCUAAAGGUUCUUUGGGCUAAGAAGGUUUACACAAUUGUUACAUACUCUAGACCAUUGACUCAAUAAAAUGUUAUCCAACAA